AAAAGUAGAGACACACAAAAAAGGAAAGAAAAAAAAGGAAAAAAAAAGAAAGGAAGCAUAAAACGCUUUAGUAUCUCCGGCCACUUGAACCGAACCUCUGGAUCAAAUUAGGGCACAGAGACCACUUGGAGACAGAAACCAUGGGAAGAAAAAAACUAGAAAUCAAGCGAAUUGAGAACAAAAGUAGCCGACAAGUCACCUUCUCCAAACGACGCAGCGGUCUCAUUGAGAAAGCUCGUCAGCUUUCUGUUCUCUGCGAUGCAUCCGUCGCGCUUCUCGUUGUCUCCUCCUCCGGCAAGCUCUACAGCUUCUCCGCCGGUGAUAACCUGGUCAGGAUCCUUGAUCGAUAUGGAAAACAGCAUGCUGAUGAUCUUAAAGCCCUGAAUCUUCAGUCAAAAGCUCUGAGCUAUGGUUCACACAAUGAGUUACUUGAACUUGUGGAUAGCAAGCUUGUGGAAUCAAAUGUCGGUGGUGUAAGCGUGGACACCCUCGUUCAGCUGGAGGGUGUCCUUGAAAAUGCCCUCUCUCUAACUAGAGCUAGGAAGACAGAACUAAUGUUGAAGCUUGUUGAUAGCCUCAAAGAAAAGGAGAAGCUGCUGAAAGAAGAGAAUCAGGCUUUGGCUGGCCAGAAGGAGAAGAAGAAUCUUGCGGGAGCCGAAGCUGAUAAUAUGGAGAUGUCACCUGGACAAAUCUCCGACAUCAAUCUUCCGGUAACUCUCCCACUGCUUAAUUAGCCACCGUUAGACGGGGCUGAUCAAAUUAAAAAAUCCAAAACAUACAACUAAAUAAAUAAGCUUUGUUGUUUUUCACCCUUGAAGGGUGCACGUUGUAUAUCUCAAUACUCCCUUGGCUGAGAGAUUGUGUGUUUACUCCUAUGUUAGAUAUAAUGAGUAAAAUAAAAAUAAAAAGAUCUUUGUACCUUCGUCGAGAGAGAAUUGUAGUGAGUGUGCUUGUGUGUUCUUUUUCUCUUCUUUGCUUCAUGGCGAAGAAGCCUACCGUCUAAUUUGUAACGGAGACGUGGCCCUCUCUGCCCUUUUGUAUUCGUAAUUCCUUUGUAUUUAUCCACAACGCAUAGAGGUUGUCAUGGUU